GGGCGGGCUGUCAUGGCGGCGGUGCGGAGGUCGCUGUCGCUGCCGCGCUGGGCGCUGUCGCUGCGGCCGGUGAGCGCCGCGGCCGGCGCCUUCCCCAAGCGCGUCAAGGUGGUGGARGUCGGGCCGCGCGACGGGCUGCAGAACGAGAAGACCGUCGUGCCGACCCCCGUGAAGAUCAGUCUGAUCAACAUGCUCUCGGAAACCGGGCUGCAGGUCAUAGAGGCCACCAGCUUUGUCUCGCCCAAGUGGGUCCCGCAGAUGGCUGACCACACUGAAGUUAUGCGAGGGAUUAAUAAGCUACCUGGUAUCAGUUAUCCUGUCCUGACUCCCAACCUGAAAGGAUUUCAAGCAGCGGUGGCAGCAGGGGCCAAAGAAGUGUCAAUCUUUGGAGCAGCAUCGGAGCUCUUCACUAAGAAGAACAUCAACUGCUCCAUAGAGGAGAGUUUGGAGAGAUUUGAUGAGGUUAUGACAGCAGCGAGAGCAGCCAGCAUUCCAGUGCGGGGCUACGUUUCCUGUGUUCUUGGCUGCCCCUAUGAAGGGAAGAUUUCUCCAGCUAAAGUUGCCGAGGUCUCCAAGAAGAUGUACGCAAUGGGGUGUUACGAGAUCUCCCUUGGUGACACCAUUGGCAUUGGGACCCCAGGCAGCAUGAGGGAGAUGCUGACAGCAGUCAUGAAAGAGGUGCCCGUUGGGGCUCUUGCUGUUCACUGCCACGACACUUACGGACAAGCUCUUGCCAACAUCUUGGUAGCACUUCAGAUGGGUGUGAGUGUGGUUGAUGCUUCCGUUGCUGGCCUUGGCGGCUGCCCUUAUGCCCAAGGAGCGUCAGGAAACGUUGCUACGGAGGACUUGGUGUACAUGCUGAACGGCCUGGGGAUCCACACGGGUGUGGAUCUGCAGAAGCUGAUGGAUACAGGUACAUUUAUUUGCAAUGCUCUGAACAGAAGAACUAAUUCCAAAGUGUCCCAGGCCAACUGCAGGCUGUGAUACUUCACCAAGUUCCACUUGAAGCAAGGCGGAGGAGAAGGCAAGGAUCKGAAGUUGGCCUCGUUUCCCUUCCUCCCUGCUCUCUCCAUUCUUCAGUGCUCUGAGAAGAAGCACUUAACUSGCUAGGAUCUAUGAAGAAAUGAAAACAAACAGGAAUACCGUAUCCAGCCUUGAACACGUUAAACAGAAUGAAGUGCUGCUGCACGAAGCUCAAAACAGCGUCUGGUAAAUUCUACCUCACGAGGAUGUUGCCAUAAGUGACCAGCAGAGGCUGAACCCCAGCUCUUCUGCUUAGAGCCCUUCUCCAGGUCAGCCUGGACCCUCCUGCCUUUCUUUUCCUUUUUUUGGGGGAACAAAAGCUACACCUGGCACGACUGAAGUGGAAAGCUGCUCCUGUGGCCUUUGCAGCGCGUAUCAAGGAGCAGCCGGGGAUGGUUCCAUCUCCGCCCUUAAGGAUUGUAAUAAAGGACUGUAUCUGUUGUAAGAUACUUUUAAAGAGUUAGAGUAACAACCCCAGUAUUUAAUAUUCUAAUAUACUAAAGAAAUGUUUGGAGGAAGCCAGGAGCAGAGCUCGGCGCUCUCAGUCCCUGGGC